AUGCUCGUCGGAGUCGUCCCUCUUGAUCAGCCUCCGCCUCCUCCUCCUGCUGCUGCUGCACCUGCUGCUCUUGCACCUGCUGCUGCUGCUGGUGCUGGUGCUGCUGGUGCUGGUGGUGGUUCUAAUGUGGAAGAGGUUGCUGCGGAAGAGAAGGAGGGGAAGGAUUCUGCUGCUGCUGCUGCUGCUGCUGCUGCUGCUGCAGCAGCAGCAGCAGGAGGAGAGGCAGCAAAGACACAGGAAGAGACACAGCAGCAAGAGGGCAAGAAAGAGCAGCAGCAAACAGAGACAGCUGCAGCAGCAGAAGCAGAAGGUGCAAUAGACAUCGAUAAACCUAAUGAAGAACAGCAGCAGCAGCAGCAGCAACAGCAGCAGAAAGAACAGGAACAGCAACAACAGGCUCAAGAACCACAGCAGCAGCAGCAGCAGCAGCAGCAGCAGCAGCAGCAGCAGGUGCAUCGGGCUUGUUUAAGAAUUCCUUUAGGGUGGAAGCUGCUCUGCACGAACCCUGCAGCGAAUGAAAUGGCUGUGGACUCUGCAAAACCGACGGAAGCCAAAAAGGAAGCAAAUGCAAGCACUCCAGCAAAAACAGAAAAAACAAAAGAGGCAGCAAGCGGCCCGGGUAAAAACCGUUUGCUGCCCCAGCAGCAGCAGCAGCAGCAGCAGCAGCAGCAACAGCAGCAACACCGCGAGCAGCAGCACUACUACCAUCCCCAGCAGCAGCAGGAGCAUCAGCAUCAGCAGCAGCAGCAGCAGCAGCAGCAGCAGCAUGAGUUUGUGUUUUUUGCUGCAUGCAGGUUGAAUUAG